UCUGCAGCGUUAACAGAGAGAGAACAUCAGUAUUUGACACAAGAAUACUACUGGAAAAUAUUUCACAUGCUUGUUGGGAGCAUUUCAUUUCCAAUUUAAUGCAAAAAUCUAACAGUAUUAUAUACAUAUUUAUUACAAUGGCGUGUAUAUUUACCCCCGUCAUUAAUGGCAUUUACUGUUUUGCCACUUACCACCACCUCCGUCUCCAAAUUCAAGAACAUGACAUGACCUCUGAUUUUGUGGCUAGGGUUGUAUCUACUUUGUAUGUAUUGUACAGUCUUGCGAACAUAAUUAAUUAUUUACUUGUGGGUCUUCCGAAAAUCUCGCUUACAUUUGAAAAAUCUGCACUGAUGUGCAAAAACCCAAAUCGCUUCUUCUUCAAUCCACAGGUUUUCUGUGUUUUUUCUUUCAGUUUUUUCAAAGUUGUCGUCUUUUGCUUUGUUUUAUUCAGAAUUCCAAGCUACAAUGUAGUAGUAAAAUUUUAAAUGAAUUUGUAUUCCUAUGUAGACUAUGAUUUAGAAUUUCAAGAUUGUUAUUUUUUAUUUAACGUAAUUGGAAGUUUAUGAUGUAUGCUUGAGGUGAAAAUGGUGACCAGUGGAGUUUUCAAUUUACGCAGGGAUGUUCUCUGAGAAAAGGUUGACAUUUUGGUUUUUUUGGUGGGUCCUGGAAAUCAAAACUUGCACAGCCUGUGGACUUUGAUUUUCAUCUUUUUAAGUAAUGGAUGGGCGGCGGCAUUCAGUUGAUCUACCAUUAUCGAGAGCGCUGGUGGCGCUUCGGAGAGUUAGGUCCCUUCGGGAUCCAUCGACUAACUCUAUGAGUAGAUUUUCUGCCACGGUUGAUAAUAUGAAUUGGGAAACAAAUUCAAGCAAUGCAAUCACUUUAGGAUUUGAAAAUGGUUCUAAAGGAGAUGUCCCUAACUAUAAUGAGAUAUCGUGGUUGGGGGGGAAAAAGGAACAACAUGUGAAUGACCAUGAAUUGCACAAUAACAGUUCAAGAAAAUUGUCUUCGAGGCUAAUCUCGUGUGAGAAGUUGAGAGAUUCGGUUGGAAAUACAGGACUGAAUGCACAUUUGUUAAACCAGGGGACAGAGUGUGAGAACAAAACACGAAGUGAAAGAUAUCGCAGAGACUAUGAGGAGAAAAGAUUGGAAUUGAUACAUACGAGUGACUGCACUGAGGGUGUAGGUUUGUGUAAUGUGCCAAAUGAAGGAUCAAUGCACAUAGAGAAGAUGGGCCAUGGGAGAACAAAACUGAAAAGCCGGUGUAUCGGGCAUACCAGAUCGUCAAGAGUGACAGCUGGGGAUGUUAUGAGUCGAGUCGGUAGUCCGUGCUUAUCUAUUAGUGAUGUUCUAAUGGAAGAGUCUAGCCUUACAUCGUCAUUGUAUGGGAAUGAAGAUGAUGCUGGGAAUUCUGAUCUUCAAGGAUGUGGGAUAAGCUGCUGCUGGUCAAGAACCCCCAGAUAUAGAGAGCCAAAUCUUCUUCCUGAUGUAGAGGAGCAACCACUUUUGUUGGGGUAUUCAGGCAAAACACCAGUGAUUGAACAUGAAACGGGAUGGAAGCAUAAUAAUAAAGGAGUUACUCUGUACCUGGAAAGUCCUAGGAGCCUUGGUCAAAAAUUUAGACCAAAAUCAUUCAAAGAACUGGUGGGGCAAAAUGUAGUUGCAAGGUCUCUUCUAACUGCAAUCUCAAAUGGGCGGAUAACAUCCCUAUUUCUCUUUCACGGUCCCCGUGGAACCGGAAAAACAUCUGCCUCGAGAAUAUUUGCUGCCGCGUUGAAUUGUCUUUCUUCUGAUAUUGACAAACCGUGUGGUCUGUGCCAAGAAUGUCUUCUAUUCUUUUCUGGAAGAAACAGUGACAUCAAGGAAGUUGAUUCAGUGAGAAUCAAUAGAAAAGGAAGGAUCAAAUCACUUAUUAAGAAUGCAGAGAUCCCUCCAGUUUCCUCACGAUUUAAGGUUUAUAUCAUUGACGAGUGCCACUUGUUAAAAGGGGAAAAUUGGGCAACUAUAUUGAACAACCUCGAGGAGCUUUCUCAUCAAGUUGUUUUCAUUGCGAUUACUCCUGACCUGGAUAAACUGCCUCGUUUUGCAGUAUUGAAGUCUCAAAAAUAUCAUUUUACAAAGUUAAAAGAAACUGAUAUCAUCAACAGGUUGGGAAAGUUAUGUGUGGCCGAAGGUGUUGAUUUUGACAUGGAUGCUUUAAGUUUUGUUGCUACUAAAUCAAAAGGGUCACUCCGGGAUGCAGAGAUGAUGCUUGAUCAACUGAGUUUGGUUGGAAAAAAGAUUACAUUAUCUUUGGUUUAUGAAGCAAUCGGAGUUGUCUCUGAUGAUGAAUUGCUCGAUUUACUUCAUCUUGCAUUGUCAUCUGAUGCAUCAAAUACAGUAAAAAGGGCCAGAGAGUUAAUGAGAUCAAGGAUAGAUCCAUUGCAACUUACGUCACAGUUGGCAAAUCUCAUAAUGGAUAUUCUAGCCGGAAAAUGUCCAGAAGGCAUUUCUGAGGGGAGAAGGAAGCUUUUUGGAAGCCAUUCUUCUGAAGCUGACAUUCAGCAACUUAGCCAUGCAUUGAAAAUACUCUCCGAGACUGAGAAACAAUUGCAGUCGUCAAAGAAUCAAACAACUUGGCUCACUGCGGCAUUACUACAAAUGAGCUCUCUGGAAUCUUCAACUGAUGCAAAUGAAUCAAGGUUGAGCAUUAGAACCUUAGAUCCACAAAAUGCAGGUUCAGAUUUUUGCAGCACGUCCACAAAUAGUGAGAGUUUGAAGUAUCUCGUUACCUGUUCAUGUGACAAUAUUGAAUCUCGUAAAAUUGGGAUGCCAGAUGGUGAAGAAACCCUGGAGUUGAUGUGGAAAAGAGCUACUGGAAUGUGUCAAUCCAACUCUCUCAAGAAGUUUCUUCGAAAACGAGGAAAGUUGAUAUUUAUUUGUCUCAACCAAGGCUUGGCAGUGGCUGGAUUGGAAUUCCAUCAUCGUGAUCAUGUACACAAGGCUGAAAGAUCAUGGAAAUUGAUUGCAUCUGCACUUCAGUGCGUGUUGGGUUGUAAUGUGGAGCUAAGGAUCAAUCUUGCAUGUAAUGCUUUCGGUAAAAAGGACAAAUUCAAAAGGCCAUGUUUGAGCUUGUUCGGUUGCUCACGUAGAAUGCAUCUUAGGUCUCAGUUAUCAUCAGAAUGUGGAAACGAUACUUCUGAAAACUUUGAUUUCAUCCCUAAAACGGGCAUAACAAGAGAUAAAUCCGUUGAAACUUGUUCCCUUGAUUGUGGGUCCCAACUGUCGGAGGCUUGUUGUCAUGGAAAAGAGGUGGUGAAGACUAUACGAAACCAGGAUGGAAAUGCUCUAAGCAUUGGAGUGAGUACGCCAAAUAGAUCAUUUACUGACGACAUGGGCAAAACAAAUCAAGGAGGAUUUAAUCCUUUCAAGGAUGGAAGCAACUAUGAAUGUUUGGAUUUGAUUGCCCCUGAGCAUGAGAAUCAAACGGGAUGUGCCUCAAGUAUCCAGAACUUAAAUAUGUCAAAUGCUUCUAGGGCGAUUCAUUCUAGCAACCAACAACAAUGCAAUCUGGCGCUGUCAUUUCCAUGCAAGACAUCUUCAGAAACCUACUUUUCUUCUAGCCGUAUUUCUGCCUCUCGUGUGUCAACGAAGUACUGUAACUCCUACAAAGAUAAUAUGUAAGUUUUUUAUUACUGG